AUGGCACAAACGCGCAAGAAAUACUACGGCGGCGUGCGCGACGCCGCCUGGAAGAUACUUCGUGAUGAAGGUCCCCGAGGCUUCUACCGUGGCAUCGGGGUUUCCUUAUGGUGCACCUGCCCAUCCAUAGCAAUUAAUUUCACGGCCUUCGACGAGUUCAAAUGGCUUUUCGCGAAGCUGGGCAUUAGGCCUGACUCAUAUGUGCACACCUUCCUUGCCGGCGCCUGUGCAGGAAUAACGGCAUCUACGAUCAUGUUCCCGGCCGAUCUCCUGAGGAGGCAGAUGCAGAUGGUUGGUGUCGGAGGGCGCCCACUUGUCUACACGAACGUGUGGCAGGCGGUUCGCAUGAUCUUCAUGACUGGUUUCCAUCGGCAAGAAGGUGGCGUCUCCUGGCUGCUAGGCUUCCGGGAGUUUUUCCGCGGCUUGAUGCCCGAGCUGUUGAAGGUGGCGCCCCACAGCGCUAUCAUGUUCACCACCCAGAACCAGCUCAUCAGCAGGCAGUGGUUCGGCGAGGACGCUUUGCUUGCGGAUUGCAGCUGA